AUGCGCGAUUAUCGGAUGAACAUGGUCACUGCAUUGGUGUUGAACAAGAAAUAUAAUUUCUCGUAUAUUGUCUUUCAUUAUAUGGCCGAGAAUAUUACUACAAAGAGUCGAACUUGGACUUAUCCAAGAUUUGUGCAGAUGCUGAUCGAUCAUGCAUAUCCAGAGAUUGAACGUGACUUAAAGAAUGAUUUGUUAGUUCAGUCGCACAUGAGCAACGAUUCUCUAAAGCAGCUUGCUAGAUAUCACCCAAACCACCCUGAACCAAAGGUAGUAGCAGAAUUCUUCGGGUAUAUCAAGGAUGCGAAUUACGUUGAUCCUGAUCCAGUUGAUCAUCAAAACUUGAGAAACGAAGAAGAAAUGAAGGAAGCAGCCUAUGCUGAUGAGCUAAAAACUCUUGAGGAGUUCAAAACCACCCGAAAUGAUUGGUUUGUGAAAGAAACGAGGAGGAGAGGCAAGAAAGUUACUCCUAAAUCACAGGAGGAUGAGCCGGUUGUUACUGAGGAAGAAGAUCCGUAUGCUGGUAUUGAUCAAGUGAUGCUUAAUGUUGAUGAUUUAGUGUCUGAGCAAGCAGUUAAUGUGGAAGCUGAGAAAGAGAAGGUCAUUGAUGACAUUGAAGGUGAUGAUGUCAAUAAAAGUACAACAAGUUCUUCGAGUUCUUCAGAUGAUGAAGCAGAUGAGGCAGAACGUCUAAAAAGAAUUGAAGAAGCUACAAAGAAAGAGAAACAGUUAAGGAAGAGGAAGAGACAGGAGAAAGAUGAUGCUGCUUAUGUCCCAUCACCUGAACACGUUUCUGAAUCACAAUCACCUUCAAGCGGCAAAAAGAAAGCAGGUGCAAAGAAAAGGAUUGUAUCUCCUAAAAUCAAGAAAGUUACUACAAAGAUUACAAAGCCGAAGAUUGUGUUGAAGAAGAAACCAACCAAAGAACCCAGUAAACCAUCUACACCACCACCUGAACACACACCAAUACAAUCACCACCACAUCAAACACCUCCACGACAACUUACACCUCCCAGACAACCUUCACCUCCAAAACAACCAACACCUCCACAACAAACUUCACCACCAAAACAACCUACUCUACCCAGACAACCAUCACCACUACAUCUCUCUCCACCACAACAACAAACCUUGCUCGCAUCUCAAGAAAUAUUUCAAACACCACCACUCACUCAAAUUCAACUAACUCCUGGUUCUUCUAGCCACAGAGGUCUUCACAUUCCUCCGGAUAAUCUUGAAGAUAUUGGAGAUUUUGGCUUUGCAAAUGAUGAACAAGUAAAUAAGUUAGAAAAGAAGAUGGAUGGAGUGCUGAAGGAAAACAAAGUUGUUGCAGCUGAAAGUAAGAAAGUUGCUGAACGUGAAAAGAUUCUCGAAAUGCGCGUGAAGAAAUUAGAGUCUGACAACAAGGCAUUGUUAAAGAAGAUUGACACAGAUCAGACUGAAAUUGAUUUUCUGAAAGUGCGAGUGGCAGAAUUGGAAGAAGAGAAGGCUCGCAGAGAUGAGCAGAACAAAUAUUUCGAGAUGAAAAACAAAGAGCUUGAGGCUGCAAAAGCAUUGAAAGAGCAUGAUUUCUACAUGUUGAACAAAGUUGUUGAGAAUAUGCUUGGAACUUCGAUUGAACAGAAGUUCGAAGAGAUUCAAGUUGAAGAGCUUAGGGCAAAACGCCAAGCUGAGAUUGACGAACAAAUGAAAGAUAAGGGUAAGGGUGCUGAAAGCAGUGUGGCAGCUGUUGAGAGAUCAAUUGUUCCAUCUUUAGUGAUUGAAAAUCCAGUACCUAUAUCUUCAGUAUCAGCACUUUUUGAAGAACCAGUAACACUGGAAGACCUUGCUGCUGAUGAUGAUGAAGAAGAUGAUGAUGAGGAUGAUGAGGGUGAAGAGGAAGAAGGUGAUGCCGAGGAAGUUGACGAUGAUGAGAAACCAACAGCCCUCAACCGACCUCCUUUUCCUUUUCACCCUAACUUGCGCCCCACUUAA